CUUUGUUUUUUUUUUUUUUUUUAUUAUUUUAUUUUUAUUUUUAAUUAUAUAAUUUGAUGUACCCUUAAAAAAAUAUAUUAAAAUAUUUUUUGAUUCUUUUAGCCCUUUUUUAAUUUUUCCUUUUAUAUAUAUAUUUAUUUUGUAUCAAUAAUAGAAAUUUACACAACUCAAGAUGGCCUACGGUAAUAAUAAAGCUGACCCAAAUGCCCCAUUUUAUGUUUCUGAAUGCGCUGAACUUUUAUCAGAUAAAGUUGGUGGUGCAGUUCUUGGCUGCAGCGAUCAAUGGUUUGCUGAAUGUGUAAAUCUCAUCAAACAUGCUCCACCAGUCUGGGAUGCAGAAAAAUAUGUUGACACCGGUAAAUGGAUGGAUGGUUGGGAAACCAAAAGACAUAACCCAGAUCACGAUUGGUGUAUUGUUAAAUUAGGUAUUCCAGGUGUAAUUUAUGGUUUCGAAAUCGAUACCGCCUAUUUCACUGGUAACUAUCCACCAUUUGCUUCAAUUGAAGCACUUUGCGACGACUCAAAUCCAACCUUCAAAGAUUUAUCAGACUCUAACAAAUGGGAGGAAGUUUUAAAGAAAUCUGAAUUAGGAAGUUCAAUGAAAAAAUAUUUCGAUUGCAAGAGUGAAAAGAGAUACACUCAUCUUAAAUUCAGAAUUUACCCAGAUGGAGGUGUUGCUAGACUUCGUGUUUACGGUAAAUGUGUUAAAGAUUGGACAUUAGUUAUUCCAGGUGAAUUAGUCGACACUGCUGCCAUUGAAAAUGGUGGUCUUGUUGUAGACUGUAGUGAUCAUUUCUAUGGUAAUAAAAACAAUAUUAUUAUGCCAGGUAGAUCCGUAAAUAUGGGUGAUGGUUGGGAAACAAAGAGAAGAAGAGGACCAGGUAAUGAUUGGUUAAUCGUUAAACUUGCAAAAGAAGGUGUCGUCCAAAGAAUCGAAGUCGAUACCAAUUGGUUCAAAGGUAAUUUCCCAGUCUCAUGUUCAAUCGAUGCUAUUAAUUCAAACUCUGCUCCAGAUGAAAACCGUCUUACCGACUAUGAAUGGACCAACAUUCUCCCAAAUACCCCAUUAACUGGUCAUCGUCGUCACUUUUACCAAAACGAAUUAGUAAAUAAUAAAAACAACAAAUUCACUCAUGUUCGUUUAAAUAUUUUCCCAGAUGGUGGGUGUUUCACGUUUAAGAAUUUUCUCAAAUUUCCCAGAUGAACAAUAAUCAUUAUACAAUUACUUUUUCAAAUUAUAUAAUAUUAAAUAAAUAGAUAAAAAAAAAAAUUAAUUUUUUUUUUUAAAAUUUAAUGUAUUUUAAAAU